AAUGUUGGCGGCGUUUCGAUGUAAAUCUGAAGUUUCUUCCAAGUAUAAAAGAACUUCAGAGGAAGAAAAACUACUGAAACAAUUAUUUCAGGAUUAUAAUCCUAGCGCCAGACCCGUACUUAAUAGUUCGGAUACAGUGGUGGUUCAAAUGAAAUUCUCUCUUAUGCAAAUCCAAGAAUUGAAUGUGAGAAAUCAAGUGUUAACUACGACCGGUAUGUUAAUAUUUCAGUGGAUAGAUGAAAGAUUAAGAUGGGAUAGGAACCUGACCAUGCUAGAUGAAUUGGUAGUAAGCGGUAGUACAGUUUGGACACCAGAAUUUGCAGUUAUUAAUGGGGCUGACGCAAUCAUUGGCGACUUUAGUCAAUUUUACGCGACAAUUCAUCCGGACGGUUCGGUUCGAUGGGAACCUGGGGGAGUGUUCAAAACUAUGUGCGGAAUAGACAUCACAUAUUAUCCAUUUGACGAACAAAAUUGUAACCUGCGAUUCGGAGCUUGGACUUAUCCUACAAAUAAGAUGAAUUUUACUUCUGAUAGAGAAUCUAUUAUUGUAGAAAGCUUCGAAGAUAAUGGCGAAUGGAAUAUUUCUUGGACAGAGGCGAAAAGACACGAAUUUAGCUUUAAAAAUAGUCCGAAUGAACGCUUCUCUUUUAUACGAUUCUCAGUUCAUCUGCAAAGGAAAAGUGCCUUCUAUAUAAUGAAUGUUAUUCUCCCAGGAAUACUAACCUCGUGCGUCCUGCUCAGCGUAUUUUUCUGUACUCCAGCUCAAAAGGUUCACAUUGGUGUAGCUGCUUUACUAUCUUUUCGUCUUUUUCUUUUAAAUGUUGCCGAUACGAUACCCAGAACAUCAGAUCACGUGCCUUUAUUGGGUAUUUAUCUAACCUCUACCAUGGCCAUCACAACGUUGGCAAUGGUCUCCACUGUGUUUGUUCUAAAUCUACACCACGCUGGUGAAAGACCUGUUCCAAAGUGGGCAAAGAAACUUUUCUUCGUCUUUCUAGCUCGUUUAUUCUGCAUGUGCUCUUUCUGUAAAUUGCCGCCGAGCCAGGAUAGUCGGAAAGGAUCUCAUUCUGUUAGAAGUAGCUAUGCAAGUUCCUCAUCCGACCAUCAAAGAGACAAUAGACCGUCCGUAGCCCAAAGUUUGCCGUUUGUCCUCUCUGUUCCAUCGAGAAAGAAAAGCGUUGCAAAUUUUGAUAGGAAGUUAUCGAAAGAAGGAGGAGAAAAAACUCCGGAUUAUUCAAAAGAUUGGAAGAGAUUAGCGGAAGUAUUUGAUAGACUCUUUUUCUUUAUAUGCCUAAUCGCUAUUAUCGCCACGACAUUGGUACUCUUUCACCCGAUAACGACAGCUAAAUGGACUAAAACAAGUAGCUAA